GGCAGCUGCGACCACGGCAGGAGCGGAGACCCCUACCAUGGCGAGGAGGACCGGGCUUCUGCGGCACUCACAGAACAACUGAACCCACUCAGCCUGGUAUUCGACUGGUUAAUGUGGGGAUAUUCGGGAUGGUACCUCCAAGUGCCCGCGAACCUCUCUCGCCUUCCUCCGACACCGUGGUCCGCAGAGGGGAUCUGUGCCUGACUUCUCUUAAUAGCCAUUUUCUGCAGACAAAGAGAGCUGUUGAAUAGGCUUCCACCAGGCACCCGGGUCCCAGGGGCUCCUGUUGAUGAAGCAAGUGGGCAACAUGUGGAGCAACCUGAAGAACAAAUGCCAGACGCUGUUCCAAAACAACGGUUCAGGACUCGGUGAGACCAGGGUUGAGGCAGAUGCUGUCCUAUGUGUGGUGGAUCUUGGCCAAGGAGGCAGCUCAGGUGAUGCAAAUGCAUCAGGAGCCUCCAGCCCAACACGGAGCCUUCUACCAGUGCCAAUGGCAACCGCAGGGCGCCGCCAUCACAACUGUGUGUCAGACAUCCCUCAGAUAGUAGAGAUUAGUAUUGACAAGGACGCAGAGGAUGUGCGAGGUGGGUCGGGGGCUGUUCCCCAUGCCAGGAGAGACUCCUAUUCCCGUCAUGCUCCAUGGGGGGGCAAGAAAAAACACUCAUGUUCCACCAAAACCCAGAGCUCUCUGGAAGCAGAUAGGCGUUCUGGGCGUUUACGGGGGAGUGGGAACCGGAGGGAAAGGCGUUAUGGAGUCAGCUCCAUCCAGGAGAUGAGUGACUCUGUAUCUGGAGGACGCAGUCUAAAUUCCCGGUCUUUGCGUCAACGGCUAAGCGAUACAGUGGGACUGUGCUUACCCCUACCUGCUCGUAGACGCUCUCGUUCAUCAAAGAACCCUGUCACCUCUAAACGAAAGAUUCACCUUACAGAGCUCAUGCUAGAAACGUGCCCCUUCCCACCAGGCUCAGACCUUGCUCACAAGUGGCACUUGAUCAAGCAACACACAGCACCGGUCAGCCCGCAUUCCUCCACCGCCCUGCUUGAUGCCUUUGACCCGGCCCAGACCUCUCCUGAGGAUGAAGAGGAACGUCUACGUGAGCGCCGCCGACUAAGCAUUGAGGAAGGUGUGGACCCACCACCUAAUGCACAGAUCCACACCCUGGAGGCCUCAGUGCCGGGCUCCUCUCUCUACAAACUGGGACCAAAGACGGCUCCUGGCAUUGGAGAGGCCUCUGGGGACGGCCGGGCCUCAGGGACUGGCAGCUCCUUGGGUGCUGGAUCAUCAGGGGCCUGUGGGCCAGUGCUGGGGGCUUCAGCGUCAGCUCAGGACUGUGACUCUGAGGAGGAUUCAACCACCCUCUGUCUGCAGGCCAGGAGGCCCAAGCAGAGGCACGCCUCUGGGGAGGGUCACCUGAGCCGGCAGCAACCUGGGCCCUGGAAGGUUCACACCCAGAUAGACUACAUCCACUGUCUGGUGCCCGACCUAAUGCAGAUCACAGCUCUGCCCUGUUACUGGGGUGUGAUGGACCGCUAUGAGGCCGAGGCUCUGCUGGACGGACGGCCAGAGGGCACCUUCCUGCUGCGUGACUCCGCCCAAGAGGACUACCUCUUCUCCGUUAGCUUCCGCCGUUACAACCGCUCACUGCACGCCCGCAUCGAGCAAUGGAACCACAACUUCAGCUUUGACGCUCAUGAUCCUUGUGUAUUCCACUCUUCCACAGUCACAGGACUGCUCGAGCACUACAAGGACCCCAGCGCCUGCAUGUUUUUUGAACCGCUGCUCACAGCACCUCUCCAUCGAACCUUCCCCUUUGGGCUGCAGCACCUGGCACGAGCUGCCAUCUGCCGCUGGACCACGUACGAUGGAAUAGGCUCUUUGCCGCUGCCCCCUGCCCUGCAGGACUUCCUCAAGGAGUAUCACUAUAAACAAAAAGUACGAGUACGCUGGCUGGAGAGGGAACCGCCACUCAAGGUCAAAUAGGGUGGGCUUCUCCAUCGCCUGUACACACACUGCAGCAGGAUCACAGAACUUGAGAAAUUCCUCAUUAGUCAAUUAGAGGCUAUACUGAUGUCUGUUCUCUUUCUGGUGAGCGAUCGACUUUAAGUGUAACAAGCUAUACAAGAUUCAUUCUAAUCUUUGUUUUAGUUAUUACUUACAUCACAGAAAAUACAUAUGAUUAUAUUCAAUAUAAUGCUCUCUGGCAAGCACAUGUUUUUGUGUUGAACAGGUUAUUUUGACAGGAAGGGAAAGCACAAAUAUCAGUGCUUUGUGUCUUUUCUCUCCGCUUGUGCUAAAUGUCUGCCUGAUCCCACAACAUCACCCUGUAGACCUGCCUGCAUGCCUCCCAUGUUCAUCCCAAAUUACUAUCUGGGCCUACAUGGCUACGUUGUACAGUUCACUUUGUGCUUUUUCAAUUUUUUCCCCCCUAUUUUAUUUCCUUAGCUUGUUAAAGCACCUAGUGGAGCACCUUCCCAGGAUGGUUUUACGGGGUGUUAGGGUUCAGAGGGCAUAUGGAGGUGCUAUUGGUAAAUUGCAGUCAGAGCUUGUCCCAUGGAUAAAGCUACAUAAGGCACAUUCUUUGCCAUCUCUUUGCACGCAUGAGGAUCAGCUAAGCCAGCGAAAGGAACCGAUUCUGAGGGGGUCCACAGAGUUCAGGACAGCAAAUCAGGGAAAUUAAGUGCUUUCUAAGGAUAAUAGAUAAGUCCUAAGAAACUCUAGUUCCUUCUUAAACAAUAAAUCAGUCUGUGUCCUAUUAAGUGAAAUCAACAUGUUUCCAUACUUGUGCAGAAUUACUUUGAAACUAGAUGGGCAGAUUGAGGAAAUACUCAAAUCUACAGACGUCAAUAGCGGCCCGUCAGUUCUUCCCUGGCCGCAGGCUCUUCAACUCUCUGUGCACAUGUUCAUCCAGUCCCAAUUCAUCAUCACCUAUAUCAAUUCAACCUGUAUAAAAGUUAGCUCCUAGUGGAACAUUUGAGCAGUCUGGUGUCUUUAUGGAAUUGCACUAAGGCUUUAUAGGGUUUAGUUUUACACCUGUUUUGUUCAAUCGACUCUCUUUAGUGGCAUCUGGCUUUACAGGGUUUGACCCUGUGUCCAAUUUGGUCAUUGUUCUUUUAUUUUCACCAUACUCUUGUAACCUUGGUGCAGCUAGCUUCGCACUAUUGUGAGGAAUACUAACAGGUGUUGAAGUUAAGGGUGCGUGUGACAAGUUGCAGGUGAGGACAAUCAAUACAAAUUCAAAAUGCCAGUGUCCCUUUAAACAUGACUGACUUUAAUCUGCUCAAACUACCUGAGUUUGACUCGGAGGGGGCUCGUCCAUGUGAAACCCCAAAUAAUAUAAUAUCAUAGGUGUGGAGGACAGAUGAUGUAAAAUUAAAGUUUCUUCUGAGAAUCUGCUAAUGGAGAUAGUAGAGCAAAACUACCAUGAUUAGAUUGCUUCUUAUUUUACUUCCCUUCUGAAUUAAUAUUUAUUUUAUAAAACAAUUUUAAAUAUGUGGAGCUGUUUUUAUGAAGAGCCCCGUGUCUCCAACAGGAAAGUGGUCAUGAGGGCUUUUUCUUGGGAGUUGACGCCUCCACUUCACAACUUAUUACUAAGAGGACUCAACCCCCUUACUGCCUGGUUGCAUUUACAGUCAUGGCAUUGAGUGCAGGCCGCACUCAACUCUUGAGAUGUCAGCAUAUACUUGAGAGCUUUAGUUAUGUAAUCACAAUGAUUUUAGUUUGUGCUUCUCGGGGAAAAAAAACACUGCUGGUCGUUUCAGCAUGAAGAGGAAGGAAGUGUAACCUACGUGCCUUUUUUAGAAAAACCAUUUGUCUCGUUCCAUAAUCAGUCCAAACCUGGAGAGAUGGAUGCUCUCAAAUGACACUGAAAAGAAGAACCAUGCAAGAUGGUUCACUCACUUCUGAUGUUCGUUAAAAAACAAAAGAUCAGUGGUGCUGUGUUGGUUUAGACAUGACAGGUUAUAAAAAUAAGUUUUACAUUAGUUACAUCUCACCCACAGAUGCAUGCAUUAGUCGCCACAUUAUGGGUUGUGUGGUAAGUAGUAUUAGGUCGUUAGAGGGUCCAAUGCCAGCCCUACGGUAGCAAAUAUCCGUGAUAGAUAUCCAUGUUUGUCUGGUCCUCACAUGUGUAGGGUCUUAGCUCCAACAAAUCUCGAUGAGAAGGUAAAAUCUAUACUGUGAGCAUGUUAAUCAGAAUAAUUCAGCUUCUAAUGACAGUGCCACGCUAGUGACAUUAGUCACCUCAGUGUUUCCCACAGAUUUAUUUCAUAUUUGCGGUUAUAGCGGGUUCACAUGCAUGAAGGUCACUCUAACAGAUUCCAAAUGAAAGAUACAUGAAAUUCAGUGAAACAUAAAUUCUCGCGGGAGUGACAAAAUUGCAUUGAUGCCUUAACUAGCUAAAACUAUAAGGUCUGUGUCUGCAUGAACAGUAAAAACAUUAUGGACUGUAGUGCGAACACGCGGUAGUACAACCACAUGGACGUGCCACAGCGUGAGUGAGCAAACUGCAAAUAGUGCUGCACAUACCAAGUAGGAGAUCUCGUUUACUAUAAGGUGGGUCAAGCUAAAUAUGGGGGGCCGCUGCAGUCUAUAUAAUUAAUGGGAAACACUGAUUAAUAUUAACAAAUCACAUGCACAUGACUUGGAGAAUGAGACGGGUGCAGAGAAGACAGCAGAUUCCCUAAAAUACAUGAAACUUAACUACAAAGCAUGUAAAUGAAACCCUGCAAGUAAUGCAUAAAACAAAAACAUAAUUUUUGAAACAGCCAAGUUGAUGAUCACUGGACAGGUUCAUCUCUAAAAAAAUGUUUUCAGUCUUAUGUGUCAUGUCUAAUCAUUACACACAUACUGUACAUUAAAGGUUAUUUUCAUUCUCAUUAAGGAGGAAUUCAUGCUUCUGCUUCGAGGCCAGGCCGUAGGUACGCACGUAGUCUACAUGUGUAGCCGAGCACUGAUAGUUGUGCGUUGGUGAAUGUGAGUCGUGUUGCAAUGAAUGAAGAAAAGAAAGAGGUUGUCCACAUUCGUUUCUUCAACUUGAUUCAAAAGUGGUGCUGAGUCGUUGGAAAUACGAUGCCACCCAGCGGACCAAUAACGGCUCUUGCGUUAAAUUUCUGGGGCGGUUUACAUCGGGGUACGGCGUCGGCGCUGUGUUGGGUACCCGACCACGCAAAUGCUACGGUUUAGCUUUGAUGCAGAAGCUUGAAUUGGGAUUUAGACUGCUCUUUGCAUCAACAUAUUUCUGCAAAUAGCUGGCCAUGUCCACCUCUCAUCUACACCCUGAAACUCAAAAAUCAAUUUUCACAUAUUUAUAAGUGACUAGACAUAUUCGAUGCAGGUGGUUAAUGAGAUGAAGUUAAAGAAGUUCAUAUUUCUCAUCUGACUGACCUGAAGUUUUACCUUUCACACUGCGUUGUCAAUUGAUCAACGUUACCUCCCAUAAAGCCUGGAACCUUUUCCACUGCCCCAAAAUUAGUCAGAAAUGUGUUUUAGAUUUAAUGUGUUUAUAAACUGACAAAAUUGCCCAUCAAUUUACUCAGCAACCAUAAUGACAAAUGAAAAUGUUUUUACAAAUAUUAGCCACUUUAUUAAACAUCUAAAACUGAAAUAGUUAAUUUACUUUAGGUUUUGUUGAAGCAUCCUGACAGCCUCUGAAUUAAGUUGAUAUGAGCUUUCUACACCCCUGGGUCUGGGAAGUUCAUCCCCAAAUCUCAAUAUCUGUCAGAUUAGAUUAGAAACGGUGAGCUGCAGCUUCACGUCUCUCAAAUGUUCAGUUAGUCGGACAGUCAGAAAGCUUCAGAAUCAGCUUCCACCAGAUUCUACCACCUCGGAGUGCCCCUGGGACUAAUCUCACACUUCUUCCAAUUUAGAAUUACCAAUGCUGCUGGGCUCCUGUGAACACACAAAGCAGAGAACUGGUUUUAUUUCCUUGUUACGAUAUAUGCGUCGCCACAAUUUUAUCUUGCAUGCGGAAGCGAAUGCCGUUUUAAACAAUGUGGAAUCAUUUCAUUUCGUCACAGAUGGAUACCAGUCAGGUUCUAGAGAAAUCUAAAACAGGAUGUACCUGGCCACAGUUUAUAGUGCUAUAUUUCAGUAUUUGAAUAAAUUAGAAUCAAUUAAUUAAUGGGAUUUCACUUAAUGCGCAAAAAUGACUUAAGCACUGACUGUGUAAUUUGGGGGUUUUGAGUCUAGGUUGAUGUGCAAACAGUCAAUUUAAAAAUACAAUCUUCAACACAACAAAGUGCAAAAUGUUAAGAGAUCUGAAUUAUCUUUAAGACCUCUGCAUCUGUUUUAAACCCCAAACCUCACACUAUCUUCCAUCUUGCCCUCUGCCACUUUCAUGCUGCGGCUUAGCAGUAGCAUUUCUGACUGUACCCCACCCGACCUGAAGACACUAAUCACAGGCUAACUUUGAUCAAGUUGGGAUAUAAAUUGGGUGCUAGAAGCGCCACUCUGUUGCCUCACGGCUGUUGUAUGAUUAAUGCCAUUUUAUAUUGUGUCCUACUACUCUCCAUCUGGCCAUAUCCCUAACAUCACUGAAUAGAGGUGACUCUGGUUUAGAGAGAACUGAAGGCAUGUUUGUCCCGUCCUCUACUCUUUCUCCAACCCUGCUUGGGACUAUGUUAGGCUCAAGUUAAACUUCAGGAGCAAGAGGAGAGACGGGGCUGGGUGACUGUUGUGGCAACAUGCUCACAGAGACAACGAGGGAUCUGUUGAAGUAAAUCGCACUUUAAUUGUGUAUUUGUGUUCUGCAGUGCAAUCUGCAGGUGUUGGGACAGUGGCACGUUUUUUGUUAUUUUGGCUCUUUACUACACGAGUUGGGCCUAAUGACUUGCAGCUUGAACUCUAAUCAUAUUGGGUGAACAUGGUAGGAAUUGUGCCAGUUUUUGUGUGUGGUCUUUAAACGAAUACUGCCAAAGGCUAUAGCUGCUUUCAGACAUGCACUGAACUCCGAUAAUCUGGACAUUUUGCGGAGAGGCUGAAUGCGUAAAUGCAAAUUCGAGAGAUUCUGGACUUACUCUUGAGUUUUUCUGGCCAGCCCCUUUGGAGAAUGUCCGAAUAAGCCCAUGUGAGAACACAGCAGGAGAUUUCGACACGAGCGAGUAAGUGUGUUGACGUUUUUAAUACACGACAGACACCAAACUGUAAAAAAACUAAACAAAAAAAUACGAUAUCUCGGUAUGAAAAAGAGGUGCCAUAGAGGUUUUGGCUGCCUGCUGCACCACCGCCCUCUGAACACUCUUUGCUGUUGUAAACGUGUCUGAGUGGAGAAACUCCUGUAGCAUUGUUCAUUUGUGCCCAUUUGGGCAAGAUACUCAACCCCCAAAUUGGCCUCUGCCCUUCUCAUAGAAAAAGUGCUGCCCAUGGAUGCACUCUUUGAAUGUGAAUGGGUGAAAGGCAAAACACAAAAACCUGCACACUAAAGCGCUUUGAGAGAUCAUCUAGACUACAAAAGUGCAUAAAAAUACAGACCAAAUACAGCUCAUUCAUGUCUGAAAUAGCUAUACAAUGGUGAUGUUUAGGGAGACGUGUAACUGCAGUCAUUGUCAUUCUGGCUUGUUGACUUCAGUCAGGUUGUCAACAAGUGGAACCUCCUCCGUGGCACUGAGGUUAAGACUUGGCCAGUCAGGGACAUUACAUUUCCUUGGCUGCCUGGUUUAUACGAUAAUGAUCCGUGUUAGCCCUUGCUUUAUCUUGAAAUUGCAUAAAAUCAUUUGUUCCCACUCUGCUCACCCAAAAUGGAUUUGAACCGUCUGAAAUGUGAGGGGAAGAAUCGGGGGAGUUAGCACUUUAACCUCACAGACCAGUACGCUGCACUUCAAAACGACUCAAAGCGUCCCACUGUCCAAACACUUGUAGCCGGCACUGAUGGUUGUUUAGCUCAAGAUGGCGAGACUUGUGUUUAGGAAAUAGCCGGCGGUCCUGAAAUAUUUCACGGAUGUUCAGGUGUUGAAAGCCGCAUCGAUGGAGGCGUGUUCUCUACCACGCUGCAGACUAUGCGUGUGUGUGUGUUACGUGGUAGUAUAUAAGUGAAUGGACAGAGCCACGCAGGGGGUUCUGGUGGAGGGGGAUGUAGAGUUGGCCGUGAGGGGUGACGACAGUGACUCCAAUGAACGCCUCUCUGACCCCGUCCCCCUUCACCC